AUGACCGACGAACAGAACCCCAACCCUCGAGCCCCGUCCUUCGACGCGGGCUCAUCGCAUGAUGGACAACCGGAAACGUAUUUCUCUGAAGGACAGCCUCCCGUUCGACCAAACUACAUGACCGUCGGGGCUGGCUCAACAUCACAAAGUGCAUCGCGACUGAUGGAUAUGCUUGAUCAUGAUUCCGGCUACGGAGCGAGCAUAUCCGAUGCUCAGAGCACCAGUCGUGGUUGGGUUCCGGGCCCGACAGAAGAUCGACCUACACCAAGCGGAACCCCAGUACUCGGCGAAGGAGGCAACUCUGAGCAUGAUCGCCGAUUACUCGCCAGCCACAUCCAUCAGUUGUAUUAUAACCAGAACAAAACUUCUCUCGGCCGCGCCAUCACGAGAACGGUGGAUUCUUUGAAGAGACUGCAGGAUAUGAACGCAUCAUGGCCGGCGCAUUAUCCCCAGGUCCAGAAGUCUGAAUCCAUUUCACAAUCUCCUCGCCACGAACCUCGCCCUUCACUCCAACAUUCCGCCACGACAUUCGAACAAUCCGAUACCUCAUCCCCUCCAGCCCGCCCGGGCCCACGACGUGCAGAUACCAAUUUGAGAGAUCGGGAUGAAGCCGAAUCUAGCUCAUCGGCCGCCCAGAAUGCUGGGCCGGAACCUCGAUUGGUCACGCCGGAGUUGUCGAAAGACUUCAGUAUUCUUAAGAUCGACUUGAAGAUGGGUGCGUUAUCCCAGACGGAACUCGUGCACUCGCUAGAGAAGACAUCGAUUGCCAGCCUUCUGGACGGACAAAUAAGCAAGUCAAUACGACAUCUCUACUCUCUCCGGGAGCGGAUCGAGGAUACCAGCAGCAAAGUUCUAGUGACGGGAGACUUAAAUGCGGGAAAGUCAACCUUCUGCAAUGCGUUGCUCCGAAGAAAGGUCUUACCCGAAGACCAACAACCAUGCACGGCCAUCUUCUGCGAAGUCCUCGACGUUCGAGAGAAUGGUGGAGUGGAGGAAGUCCACGCCGUUCCUAUGGGAGUCGUCUACAAUCGCAACAACGAAAGCACAUACCACGUAUUUAACUUGGAAGAUUUGGAAAAGAUUGUCGUGGAUAAUGAGCGGUAUUCGAUGUGCAAAAUCUAUGUCAAGGAUAUUCGAAGCGUUGACGAAUCGUUGUUGAAUAAUGGGGUUGUCGACAUUGCAUUGAUCGAUGCUCCCGGACUCAACAACGACUCGUUGAAGACGACGGCGGUCUUCGCUCGGCAAGAGGAGAUUGACGUGGUUGUCUUUGUGGUUUCUGCUGCGAAUCAUUUCACCCUUUCCGCCAAAGAGUUCAUUUUCAACGCCGCUCGGGAAAAGGCGUACAUCUUCAUGGUCGUCAAUGGCUUCGAUAACAUCCGGGACAAACAGCGCUGCAAAGAGAUGGUCUUGAAGCAGGUCCAUCAUCUUAGCCCUGCAACCUUCAAGGAAUCAUCGGAGUUGGUCCAUUUUGUCUCUAGCAAUGCGAUACCCGUUGCGACAGGGCCUGUGGCUGGCGGUGAACCUGGCUCACCAGUCCCCAAAGACAAAGGCAAGGAGAAGGAGCAGAUGCGCGAUUUUGAUGACCUCGAACAAUCUCUACGGCGAUUCGUUCUGGAAAAGCGAGCUAGGUCGAAGCUCGCCCCGGCGAAGACCUAUCUUACGAACGUUCUCUCAGAUCUUUUGUCGCUCGCUACGGUCAACCGAGACGUAGCAGCUUCCGAGUUAGAGCGGGUCACAAAAUCUUUAGAGUCAUUGGAACCUGAGCUAGAUUCCUCUCGGAAAGCCAAUAAUGAAGCCGGCGACAGUGCAGACCAAGCAAUCGAAGGAACUGCAGCUGAAUGCUACCAAUUUACUCGAGAGACGCUCAACCACACGAUUUCCGAAAUUGGAACCGCGGAUCUAGGCGUCGAAUACCCUGGUCUGCUCUCCGCAUAUCAAUUCGCGGACGAUAUCAAAGAUGCCAUGCUAGCGUCAGUCACGGCCGCCGUCUCUGGGUGCGAGCAACGUGCUCGACAGCGGACUGUUGAAGGCGUGAACAUGAUCAAGCAACUUGGCCUACUCCAUAUUGGUCAAGAAUUCAGCAACUUCAACUUCCGAUCCGAGCAGAUGUUCACCAAGCGGAAAGACGCAUUGGCACGAUACGUUGAUUUCGAGAUCGAUGCCACAGAUUUCUUCGAUAUUUCCAGCCUGUGGGAAAGGCAAGAGAAAUUGCUAGGCGGAAGCAUGGCCGUCACAGUUGCUGGCGUCGUCGGCGGUAGACUGAUCGGUGGAGUAAGUUGGGUUGAUGGUGCACUCGGGGUUGCUCGAGUGGUUGGUGUCAAGAAUAUACGGCAUAUGAUCAUUCCUGGCCUCAUUGCGACUGUGGUCCUUGCCGCAUCCUAUGCGAUAUCCUCCAUCCCCUCGUCCUUACCCCGUCGUCUUUCAACCAAACUCGCCGCUCAGCUUGCCGAAAUCGACUAUACCCACAGCAACGCCACACGCGUAUCAGCGGAAGUCCGGCGCGCUCUCAAAUUCCCUGCCGACAACCUUCGCGUCGGUCUCCGGCGGUCCGUCGAAAAAUUACAGAGCAAGAAAGACGAGACGGCGAAAUUGAAGGCGGAGACGGAAGGCGCAAGGAAAUACUUCGUCGGGCUGCUGAAGGAGAGCAAUGAUAUCAGGACCGGCGUGGAAAGGGUCGAUCUUGAAGGGCCUGCGCCGGGGGUUGCGGGAUCCUACGACUUUUGA